AUGGGUAUAUUAUCGAAUGGUCGUCCACUAAAUUGGUCUGAAAUACAAUCAGUUAAAACAAUAUUAAAGAAUCAUGCUCUUAAUGAUUUAAUAUUAAUAUUAAAUAAACACAAGAAAAGACAUAAUGAUGAGUUUCUUUGGGGUGAUGAGAUUGAAUAUUCUCUUAUUCGUUUUAAUCAUGAAAAUAAGCGUGUUCAAUUAUGUUUAAAAGCUGAUGAAAUUCUUAAGAGAUUUCAACAAUUAAAUAACGAUAAAACAAUAUCUGAACUAUCUCAAAUAAUAUUUCAUGCUGAAGAUUGUAAUUUUGUUAUUGAAGGUAUACCAUCGAAACCUUAUCAUUCACAUCCAAAUAAUUAUUAUUAUGUUCAAUCAAAUAUGAUAUUAAGACGCGAACAAAUACAAAAAAUACUUGAUAAAAAUGAAUUUCUAAUGACAAUUUCAGCAUUUCCAAGAUUAGGUUGUGCCGCUUGUACUCAUCCAGAAUAUAAAAGUGACCCAUUAAAUAGUUUUGAAAGUUCAAUUUGUUGCUCUGAUCAUUUUAAAACACCAAAUCAUUCAAGAACAAUGUUUUUAAAUAAAAAUGUUAUUGAACGUCGUCAAUCAAAAGUAUCUGUUAAUGUUCCAAUUAUGAAAGAUGUCAAUACAAAAGAUCCAUUUAAAGAUGAUUUUUCUUCAUAUGGAAUUGAAAAUUGGCAAAACUAUUUGUUAAAUCUUCGUGAUAAUUAUAUACAUUUAGAUUCAUCAUCAAUUGGUUGGGGUUGUUGUUGUUUACAAGUUACUUUUCAAGCUGCUUGUUUUUCUGAAUGUCUUCAUCUUUAUGAUCAAUUAAUUCCUUUAACAUCAAUUUUUUUAUCGUUAACAACAGCAUGCCCAAUUUGGCGUGGUUAUUUAUCUAAUGUUGAUAGUCGUUGGAAUAUUCUUAGUCAAACAACCGAUGAUCGAACAAAAGAAGAAAUUGACAAUAAUAUUUUACAUUCUUCUCGAUAUUCUUCUGUUUCUUGUUAUUUAUCUCAAACAAGUCAAAUCUAUAAUGAUAUUAAAAUAAAUAUAGAUCAUGAAGUUUAUCAAACAUUAAUUAAUAAUGAUUGUCCUGAGGGUGUUGCUCGUCAUUUUGCUCAUCUUUUCUUACGUGAUCCACUUUAUGUAACAGAUGAACAAGUUUAUCCUGCUGAUGGUAAUCCAUCAACAACAUAUGCUUUUGAGAAUCAAAAUUCAAUGGUAUGGAAUUCUUUACGAUUGAAACCUCCGACAUCAGAAGAUGUAACAUCAUUGGGUUGGCGUAUCGAAUUUCGUCCGAUGGAGCUCCAAAUAACUGAUUUUGAAAAUGCAGCAUUUACUGUUUUCCUUUCACUGUUAACACGAGCAAUUCUAUCAUAUAAAAUUGAUCUUCGAAUGUCAAUUUCACUUGUCAAUCAAAAUAUGGAAAGAGCUCAAAUUAGAAAUACAAUUCAACAAAGCAAAUUUCAUUUUCCUACGACGAUUUUUCAUGGUCUAAAUUCCAAUCGAAAUCAAUCAUCGUCAGUAUCUAAAACUCGUGAAAUGACAAUCGAUGAAAUAAUAAAUGGUUCUAAUAAUUUUAUUGGUUUAAAAUCAUUGAUUUUAAAUUAUUUAAAUUCAUUUGAAGAUAUUGAUAGAUUAACAAGAGUCACUAUUGAAAAUUAUCUUCAAUUCAUUUCAGAACGUGCUAAAGGAACAAUAUUAACAAAUGCAAUGUGGAUUCGACAAUUUGUAUUGAAUCAUCAAUUAUACAAACAUGAUUCAGUAGUUAGUGAUGAAAUUCAAUAUGAUUUAAUGUUGGCAAUUAAAAAAUUAGUUAAUAUUAAUGAAUAA